UGUCCGGACUGAGUCAGGCCGAGGCGCCGAUAAAACCAGCUGACGGGGGAGAGGAGGCGCCGCGGAGGGAGCGCACGGAGCGCGGCCAUGCCCGCCCUCUGGCUGCACCUCUGCCUGUGCCUCGCGCUGCUGCCCGCAGCCCGCGCCGCCUCGGGGAGCGCAGUGUGUGAGUGCAGCGGGCGGUCCCGGCGGUGCAUCUUCGACCAGGAGCUGCACCGGCAGACGGGCAGUGGCUUCCGCUGCCUGGACUGUGAAGACAACACGGACGGCGCCCACUGCGAGAGGUGCAGGGAGGGGUUCUACCGGCCCAGAGAUGGGGACCGCUGCCUGCCCUGCGGCUGCAGCCCCACAGGUUCUCUCGGGGCCCAGUGUGACAGCGCUGGGCGGUGCAGCUGUAAGCCAGGGGUGACGGGGGACAGGUGCGACCGGUGCCACCCAGGCUUCCACACGCUCACCGAGGCCGGGUGCAGCCAGGACCAGAGACCAGGAAGCCCCCCGUGUGACUGUGACCCCGCUGGCACCGCCAGGCCCUGUGAGGCGGGCCGCUGUGUCUGCAAGGCAGCUGUCACCGGGGAACGCUGUGACAGGUGUCGGCCCGGCCACUACCACCUGGAGCCAAACAACCCCGAAGGCUGCACCCAGUGCUUCUGCUACGGGCACUCGGCCAGCUGCCGCAGCUCGGCGGGCUACAGCGUCCACGAGGUCUCCUCCACCUUCCCCCGAGAUGCAGAUGGCUGGAGGGCCGUGCACAGCAGUGGGGCUCCCGCGAAGCUCCAGUGGUCGCCCCACCACCGGGACGUGUUCAGCUCCGCCCGGCGCACCGAUCCCAUCUAUUUCGUGGCUCCUGCCAAGUUCCUUGGGAACCAACAGGUGAGCUACGGGCAGAGGCUGUCCUUCGACUACCGUGUGGACCGGGGGGGCAGGCAGCCGUCUGCCCGUGACGUGAUCCUGGAAGGUGCCGGGCUGCGGGUCACAGCUCCCCUGAUGCCACGCGGCAAGGCGCUGCCGUGCGGGGUCACCAGGACGUACACGUUCAGGUUAAGCGAACACCCCAGCAGUCACUGGAGCCCCCAGCUGAGCUACUUUGAGUACAGGCGGCUGCUGCGGAACCUCACGGCGCUCCGAAUCCGAGCCACGUACGGAGAAUACAGCACUGGGUACCUCGACAACGUGACCCUGACCUCUGCCCGCCCCGUCCCUGGAGCCCCUGCGCCCUGGGUGGAGCAGUGCGUGUGCCCAGCCGGGUACAGGGGCCAGUUCUGCCAGGACUGCGCUUCCGGCUACAAGAGAGACGCCGCGGGGCUGGGGCCUUUCGGUACCUGUGUUCCUUGUAGCUGCCCAGGGGGCGGGGCCUGCGAUCCCGACACAGGGGACUGCUACGCGGGGGACGAGAACCCCGCCAUCGAGUGCGCCGACUGCCCUGCCGGCUUCUACAACGACCCUCAGGACCCCCGCGGCUGCAAGCCCUGCCCGUGUCCCGAUGGGCUCGGCUGCUCGGUGAUGCCGGAGACGGAGGAGGUGGUGUGCAGCAGCUGCCCGCCGGGGGCCGCGGGUGCCCGCUGUGAGCUCUGCGCCGAUGGCUACUUUGGGGACCCCUUGGGGGAACGUGGCCCCACGAGGCCUUGUCAGCCCUGUCUGUGCAACAACAACGUGGACCCCAGGGCCUCCGGGAACUGCGACCGGCUGACGGGCAGGUGUCUGAAGUGCAUCCACAACACCGCCGGCGCCCACUGUGACCGCUGCAAAGCAGGCUACUUCGGGGACCCGCUGGCCCCCCACGCAGCAGACAAGUGUCGUGCUUGCAACUGCAACCCCGAGGGCUCGGAGCCGGGGCAGUGUCGACGGGACGGCAGCUGUGUCUGCAAGCCGGGGUUCAGCGGCCUCAACUGUGAGCACGCAGCCCCGGCCGCCCCUGCCCGCACGGCACCGGCCGGCUGUCCUGCCUGCUAUCAGCGAGUGCAGAGUCAGCUGGAUCCGUUUAUGCAGCAGCUGUGGAGCCUGGAGGCCCUGGCGUCGAAGGCGCAGGGCGGCGCGGUGCCCAACGCGGAGCUGGACGGCCGGGUGCGGCAGGCCGAGCAGGCGCUGCGGGACAUCCUGCGAGAGGCCCAGGGCUCAGAAGAUGCGGGCAGAGCCCUCAGUGUCCAGUUGGCCAAGAUGAGAAGCCAAGAGAACAGCUACCGGGCACGCCUGGCCGAGCUGGGGAGGACGGCAGAGAGGCUGCAGGCCCUGGGCACCCCGCACCAGCGCCGGGCGCAGGACACUCGCCGGCUGCUCGCUCAGAUGCGCCUGAGCCUGGAGGAGAGCGACGCGGCGCUGCGAAACACCAACGUCGCCGCCUCGGAGCGCUACGUGGGGCCCAACGGCUUUAGAAGUCUGGCCCAGGAGGCCGCGCGGCUGGCAGACAGCCACGUCGAGGCGGCCGGCCACGUGGAGCAGCUGGCCAGGGAGGCCGAGGACCUGUCCGAGCAGGCGCUGUUCCUGGUGCGAGAGGCUCAGAGCGGAGGCGGCGGCGGCCCUGAUGGCUCCCUGGUGCCAGACCUGGUGGAAAAGCUGGAGCAGACCCGCUCCCUGGCCCAGCGGCUGUCCGGGGAGGCCGAGCGGGCAGACGGGGCAGCAGACUCGGCUCUGCAGCAGGGUCUGCGCCUCCUCGACUCCGUGGCCCAGCUGCAGGGGGCCGACGUGCGCUCCCUCCAGGCGGAGGCAGAGAGGACCGGAGCAGAGGCCAGGUCUCUCUCCAGCCGGGUGACGAAGCACACAGAGGCCUUCGGACGCAUGCACAGCCGCCUGGGAAGCUGGGAAGAGGAGAGCCGGCAGCUCCUGCAGCGUGGACGGAGCGGGCGACAGGAAUCAGACCAGCUGCUCUCCCGCGCCAACCUCGCUAGGAGCAGAGCCCAGGAAGCGCUCAGCAUGGGCAAUGCCACUUUCUACGAAGUGGAGAGCAUCCUGCGGAGCCUCCGAGAGUUUGACCUGCAGGUGGGAGACAGAAAGGCAGAGGCCGAAGAGGCCAUGGACAGACUGCCGUCCAUCAGCCGGAAGGUCGCAGAGGCCAGCGACAAGAGUGGGCAGGCAGAGGCGGCCCUGGGGAGCGCGGCCGCCGACACCCAGCGGGCCAGGAGCGCGGCUGGGGAGGCACUGCAGAUUACCCGCGGGAUAGAACGGGAGAUCGGGAGUGCGAACUUGGAAGCCAACGUGACAGCAGAUGGGGCCUUGGCCCUGGAGAAGGGGCUGGUGACGCUCAAGAGUGAGGUGCGGGGCAUGGAGGGGGAGCUGGCGCGCCGCGGGCUGGCACUGGCCUCGGACACGGACAUGGUGCAGGCGGUGCUUGCCGAGGCCCAGCGGGUGGGCGCCAAAGCUGACGGCGCGGGAGCUACAGUUCUGGACGCACUAGACGCGCUGGACAGCAUCCUGCACCUGAUAGACCGGCCCGGCGGCGUGGACGAAGCGCGGCUGACCUCCCUGGAGCAGGAGCUGUCCCGAGCCAAGACCCAGGUCGACGGCCAGCUGCGGCCCCUGAUGGCCGAGCUGGAGGAGAGGGUGCAGCGGCAGCGGGGCCACUUGCGCCUGCUGGAGACGAGCAUCGCCGGGGUGCUGGCCGACGUGGACAACCUGGAGCGGGUGCGGGCCGCCCUGCCCCCCGGCUGCUACAACACGCAGGCGCUGGAGCAGCAGUGAGGCCCCUGAUGUUGUGACAGCCUCCUCGCCCACAGACCUCUGCCCCUGGGCAUCCACUCGCGAGUGGGCUGGGUCGGGGACCUGACGGACGUGCUCGGGCCCGCUGAGCCAGCCGUCCCCGGCCGUGGCUGGCUGGCUGUCCCGCCGCCACUAGCUCAUCCCAUUUGCAGUGAGGCAAAUGGCACUGGGCAUGAGACUCCCCCAGGAGCUGCCCCCAAAGAGUCGCCCGGGAGGGAGGAGCCCGGCCCGCAGGGGCUUGCGCAGCGCCGUCGUGGUAAGCCGACCUGGCUUGUGUCAGGCGCCCCGGGCCUCCGUCUGCAGCCAGUGGCUAACAGACCACUCUGGACUCUGCCUGGACAUAAAUUUCUUCCCAGGUCAGAGCAGGAGGGCAGGGUCCAGUUGCACUGUGGCCAGCGGAGACCCUGUUGCCUGCUGCCGUCCGCUGCCCGCGUCCUGUCGGCCCAGGUCCCACUGCCCCGGCAGGGAGGGUGCCCGUGGGGGGCCCUGCUGCCACCACAUUCCGGACUCCGAGUGACGGGCUUUCUCCCCACUGUGCCGUGGCGAAUUUGUAUUAAAGCGUUUCCUACCGCAGAGCAAGCCUCGGGCAGGUGCUUCCUUUGGGGUUCCCGGGGGUGGAUAACGGGGCGUCACAGGAGGCGAAGCUGCCGGAAGGUUUACCCAUCCUCACUCAGUCCCGCCAGGGUUCUCCCGGGCGGAGACUGCUGCGGCCACGCCCGGGCCGGGCAGAGCGCGUGGUCAUCGGCCCACUGCCGAUUGUCCCGGGAGGCAGACAGUCCAGAAGCCAACCCAUAGCCUCGCUGUUUGUCGUGGGCACCCCCGGGCCUUUGCAACCUCUUCCCAGCAGAUCUCCUCGAGCUGGGGGAGCCAGCCAGGGCUGCCUGCACCGCCACGGCGGACCAUGGGGUGAGGAGCGCCCGGUGGGAACCCCAGGGCCCGAGCCCCCCAGCUCACACCAGCUGGGCGAGAUGACUGGGGCCAGGCCCCCACUUCCUCAGCUAUUGUUAGAGGAGGGACUGAAGCAGAGCGCA